GGGGGGGGGGGUUUGGGGAACUCGCCGUGGGUGGGGAGCCAGGUGGGAGACUGGGGCUGUUUUUCAUUCCUCAUCUGGAUUCCUACCGUUCUUGAUUUUACCUCCAUGCCCAUUUCAUUUUUACUGCGACACUGCGAUUUGCAUCGAGGACGAGACGUAUAAUAUUCGCAUUUAAAUCUUUUUAUUUGGUUCCCCAAUGCGGUGGCGGGGAGCAAGGCGAGGGAGAAAAGUGACCCUGCUUGUGGGCCUUUUGUGGUGCACGUUCGCCCUCCUCCUGUUCUGUGAAGCCAUUGCAGCAGCGCCAGCUCCACAGAAGAACCCUGCCGCACCGUCCAAGGCAGCCCCACCCGCGAAGAAGGAUGCUGCACCGUCCAAGGCAGCCCCACCUGCGAAGAAGGAUGCUGCACCGUCCAAGGCAGCCCCACCUGCGAAGAAAGAUGCUGCACCGUCCAAGGCAGCCCCACCUGCGAAGAAGGAUGCUGCACCGUCCAAGGCAGCCCCACCUGCGAAGAAAGAUGCUGCACCGUCCAAGGCAGACCGACCUGCGAAAAAAGCUACUGAACCAGCGCCGAAAGCUGCGGCCCCGAAGGGAACCCAAGUGGCAAAAGCUCCAACGGCAGCGACUCCGGAGGCGCCUCCAAACAAAAAGAAGUCCGCUCCAAAUGUGGUCGGGACGACAAACAAACAGAGAGUGGCCGCCCCGCCUUCUGAUGGUGCCGCGAAGACUCCGGCGGCGCCUGCAAACAAGCAGAAAGCGACUGCCGCGCCUUCGGAUGCUGCCGCGAAGGCUCCGGUAGCGACUCCAGCGGCGCCUCCAAACAAGCAGAAAGCGACCGCCACGCCUUCUGAUGGUGCCGCGAAGACUCCGGCGGCGCCUGCAAACAAGCAGAAAGCGACUGCCACGCCUUCGGAUGCUGCCGCGAAGGCUCCGGUAGCGACUCCAGCGGCGCCUCCAAACAAGCAGAAAGCGACCGCCACGCCUUCUGAUGGUGCCGCGAAGACUCCGGCGGCGCCUCCAAACAAGCAGAAAGCGACCGCCACGCCUUCUGAUGGUGCCGCGAAGACUCCAACAGCGACUCCAGCGGCUCCAACGGCGGCGACUGAAAAUAAAAAGAAAACAGCACAACCCAAGAAUACAAAUACCGUGGGAAAAAACAAGGAACCUACUCCGACGCCGUCCCAGAGCACUGCUACUCCUUCUCAGACUCCUUCAGUCCCCGCUCCUACCCCAGUGACGCCGUCGUCACCCUCCCAAACCCCGGAGCCAACCACAGUACCGGUGCCGCCGGAAGCCCCGAAAACGUCCCCAUCUGGUACAAUUGAGCAGCCAAUCCCAUCUCAAAAGAAGCCAAGCGAGCAGAGCGAGUCGCCACCGGAUUCUCCUUCUUCCACACCAUCAGUACCACCUACCCCAGUGCCAACCGACCGCCAGCGACCAACUCCGACGGACUUGCCACCCACGGAUCCCCCUGUGCCGGUGCCAGAACCAGUGCCAGCGCCUCCAUCGCCCAAGCAAAAUCCGGCUCCCGACCCUACUAGAGCCGUUCCACCCCAACCUCCAGCAAAGAAACGGGUCGGUGUCCUUAAUCGCGUUGAAGCCCCGCCGACCGCCAAAGCAGGCUCUCCACCGCAACCUCCGCCAGCACCGUCGGAGCCGCUCGCACCAAGGCCGCAAGUACCCCCGCUCCCUUCAUCACCCGUAUCUGGCUCUGUUCCCGUUAUUCAGCCUGCCGCUCCAGGAACCAAUGGGGACUCGAGCAAGCCUCCCCCCUCUUCAUCCAAUGCUGAGCAACUAAGGAAUGGUGACAAAUCAAAUACUGGAAUGGUCGUCGGAAUGUCGGUCGGUGUAUCUUUCGUGGUUAUAGGGGGUCUGGCGCUAGGGUAUCGGAUGAGACAUGCAGAGCGCGAGAAAUUGAACCUCAACACGCGCGGCUUGGACCCAUCGGCCAGACAUUGGGGCUCAGGUCCUCAUGUGUUACCUGGUUCUGGGCCUGGAGUAUUUGCUGCCAUCAGAAAUUGGGGCAAGAGUCCGGAUGUGUUAUCUGGUUCUGGGCCUGGAGGCCUUACCGCCAUCAGAACUUGGGACCAAAGUCCGGAGGUGGUACCUAGCCCUAGCCCUGGAGUAUUUGCUGCCAUAAACUUUGAGCAGGUACGCACAAGUCUGGAUGCAUCGUGGAAGUCGAGUAGUUUACGCGGCACGUUGCCACGUGAUAUACCAACAUCCGGAGGAACGGCGUCCCCUCAGAUUGUGGCAAUUGAACAGGGAUUUGAAACUAUGCCCUAUCUCGGUUCUCCAUCUUUGGAGGGUUCUCUUCAACGACGUAGUUCACUGUAUUCGGCCGUCAAAAGGCCCGAGACCGUUACGGAAUCUGCGAGUAUGGCGCCGGCGUCAGCCGCUGCUCAGUUCGACCCACCCACGAUACCGCUGCAGAUUGUCCCGACAUCACCACUGCGUUACUCUUUCCUCACGGACACAACGGAGUUGACUGAAGACCUCUUCCCGCCAUCCGCCCGCCGCGACUCACGCUCUCCCCGGAACACAUCAGUCGCAUCUACCUCUCCCAUCAACACUGUGAACCCAGAUUCCUCCCUUAUGCGAUUCAUCAAUGAGGAUCCUCUACCGCCGUCUCCCGGUGGUGUAGAUGCGGCCGCUGCGAUGGUAGCGGCAGCUGCGUCAAAAGCCGCAUGUGAAGAGUCCGGGGGACAGGGUUCUCGAAAUGACUCUUUUGCCGCGCCCCCAUUAGCUGCGCGCCUCGUACAUUCGUCCCGUGUGUUUUCGCUGAGCUCGGAGAGCCAAUACACGACUGCGUCGUAUGAUAUCUUCCGUGACUCUUUUGCAACAGUUGCAUCUUCUGAGCGAUCAAUGUACGACACUAUGAAGACAGAGCCAGGCGAUAGUAAGGAGGUUGCAGACAAAGUUGUGGAUGCUUACAAGAAAGCUUUCAGAAGAACAUACGAGAGUACUGAGACUGUUGAGAGUGAUGGAGAACCAGUUUUGAAAUGGUUAGCUGGGGAGAGCUCACCUCGGCCAAGAGAAUGAUCAAUGUGAUCCUGUCUGGAUAUAACUGUACAUAGGGCUGAUGUUGUAUGUAGUUAGCUGUAGCUAGUGUAGGAGCUCCUGCUGAUGCAUUUUUAUGAUACACUAGUCGGUAUUUGUCAAGGGCGGUCGGACAUCUUUUACAUAUCACCAAUGUUAUUUUUCAUCGUUCAUCUUGG